AUGUAUCAUUCAAAGAUACUCUCAACAUCAAUACUUGUAUUUGUAGUCCUGUUGGUUGCAUCCAACAAUUUAGUCAAGGCUGAUUCAACAUCAUCCGAUCUGAACACACCAUGUGCGGUCAUUCCAAUAUCACAGAUUCCAUACUGUUGGAUCACAGGCGAUACGAGAAAGUAUGAUUUGACCUUGAUGGCCAGUGCUGGCUAUCCACUGCCAAGCAACGUCACCCAGGCACUCAACGAGAGGAUCAACAGCACAGAUCCAGAUCACUGCAGCUCUAUCCCCGACGACACAUUAGGAUACGAUAUGUUUGCCAAGGAGGCAAUGGAGAGACUGAGAUAUCAAUCAACAAAUAUCACCGAUAAAUGUGCCGCCAACAUCGCCACUUACAUCUGUACAAAGACAUUCAGAAGCCCAUAUCCAAACGUCUUGCCAUUCUGCCAAGAUGUCUGCACUGCUCUGUACAAUAAUGCUACAUGUGGAGGAUUUACAAACUUCACUGCUGAGGUGUUUGGACUUCCCUUCACCUAUAUCCCUGCGACUUAUGAGGAAUGCAUCAAGGGUAGUGUCCCAGGCAACAACUGCACCACUCUCAGUAUGACCGCCCAGCUCAUUGGUUGGAAGUGGGUUGGUCCAGGCGAGCCUGGCAUCGACAUCUACCCAGGUGGCGUCGUGCAUGGCUCCAUCCUCGGCUUUGGUCUGCUGGCAUCCAUCAUGCUCAUGAUCCUUGGUCUCGGUCUAAUCAUGCGUAGUCAACAGAAGUAA